CUUGUACCAUGUGACCUCUGUGAUCAUUCACAGAUUUCACACGUAGUAAGCAGUGAUGUCAGAAGUGACAUCUUGCUUACUACUUUGCAUGUGAUCACUGAUUGGCCAAUCAGUGAUCACAUGAUCCGACGAUCGGAUACAGCGGGCAACGGGUCGCGGUGCUGCGCGCUCCCAGGGAGCGCGCACAAGCAGGGUGCGGGGAGGCCGUUCAUAAACGGCCACCCGACCCUGCAGUGCCACCGUCUGGCCGUUUAUAUGCAACGGCCGGACGGGAGAUGGUUA